AUGAUCGCUUCGAAGGCUGCUGCUCCGAGGAGCGACGCACCGAACGCCGCCACGGCGGCCUUAUUCCACCGCGUGCUCCGCGAGACCCCCUUGAUCGUCGCGGGCCUCGGCAAGCGCGACCUCCUCAGCCUCGCGGCGUCCUCUCCGCCCGCGCUAGAGACGGUCCUCAAACACCGCGUCUGCUGCCUCGAAGUCACCCGUUUCGGGCCGCUCCUGAAGCUCCUGGCCAAGCACGCGGACCCCGACGGCGACUACCGGUCCCUGCUCUGCUACGAGCCCACCGGGCUCAUGUACGUCGCCCCGAGCGAGGCACGCCGGCUCCUGCUUGCCGAGGCUCGCCGAGCCCUCAAGUCGAGGUUCUACAACGAGAGCGUCCUGCCUGCGCGCGUCGUGGAGACGCUCAGCCUGCUCAACGCGAGCCUCGAGACCCCGCGGCCGCUGCGCGUCACCAGGAUCAAGCUCUGCAGCGGCACCUACUUCUGCACUGCGUCGACGCGCGAGGUCGCGGGCACCGCGGCGGCGGUGCGGCAGCUCAUGGCGCACCCGACGGUCAAGGACAGCCUGACCAUGGUCCGCGCGUGCUGCUUCCGGUCCAACCUGCGGGCGCUGGACCCGUUCGGCGGCGCCUUUACUCCCCCCCUCGACACGUUCGAAUUCGACGAGUGCUGCCUCGCGGGGCAGGAAGCGUGGCUCGCGGACAGCCUCCGCUCCUUCGCGGUCAAGAGCCUCGUCCUGGGUUCGUGCUCGCUGUACGGCAACGGCGUCGGCGUCGUCCUGCAGGCUCUCCGCACGACGGCGCGACACAUGGUCGUCCUGGAUCUGGAUUGCAACCCGUUCGGGGACGUCGGGGCGCGCGAACUCGCCAGCGCGCUCGGAGCGCUCGAGCGCCUGGAGCGCCUGCAAGUCGGCAGCUGCCACAUCCGGCCGGAGGGCGUGCGUGUGUUGGCGGCGGCGGUGAAGGCGCACCCGGCGCUGCAGCGGCUGGCGGUGUCGCACAACCACGUGGGCCACGCCGGUGUCGUUGCGCUGCGGACGGCCGUCGUGGGCUGCGGGACGCUGUCGAACCUGGAGCUCAACGACGCGCAGAUCGGCGAGGGGGAGUCUUUGAUGCUGACAGGCAUUCUACUGCAGGGGUCGCUGAAACAGCUCAGCCUGGCAUUCAACCAUCUCGGGGACGUCGGUGCCGCGGCCGUCGCGAAGGCUCUGGUUCGGAACACGUCGCUGGAGCGCCUCAACCUGACGAAGACGGGCGUCGGCGACGACGCGGCAUGCCUGUUUGGUGACGCGAUCCAGGCGCACCCGCGGCUGCAGGAGCUCGACCUGAAGGCCAACGAGAUCACGGACCGCGGCGCGAAGGGCCUGGCGGCGGGCCUGGCCGGAGCGCGUCCGUCCACGUGCCUGCGCCUGCUACAGCUGGACGUGAACGACAUCGGGGGCGACGGCAUGUCUGCGAUCCAAGACGCGCACCGCAAGAACCCUGCGCUUCGCCACCUCGAGGUGUCUCGGUCCACGAUGACGAUCGUCGAGCAGGUGGCCGCCAUGGCGUGGUGA